AUGCCUGGGAACGAAUUUGGAGAUAGGGUUCACAAUUUCUUUGCGCAAGACAAUUCUUCGCAAAGGCAGCAUCAGUCACGUGUUCUGGAAGGUACCUGGCCUGUGCUAAACAGUGAUUAUUGGGUUGGCAGCCAGAGGCAGAUUGAUGUGCCGAACCCCAGCAGUAAAGAUUACCUAUCGCAAAAUUCUGAAUUUGAUAGAGGACAGGCCAGCUAUCCUGUUCAUGUGCCUCAUGGCUUGAACUUUUCCCAAUCAAAUCUGAGACCUGAUACUUCUAAAGCUCAGUACGUGGGCGACCAGCAGUAUUCUAAUGGUGUUGUGUAUGGAAAUCAGUUUCACCAGAAUAGGCAGAAUGAAGGCAACUUUCUGGCAGUGGAUAUGGCUUCUAAUCAGCAUCAUCUAAUAUCUGGGAGAGGCUUAUCUUUCGCGGAAGCACAACAAGGAAGCGGUCAUGAACAAGAAAAAACUUCAGACAGAUCAGAUACCUCUAUGGCUCAUGUAAGUCUUGAUCUAUUUGGAGGUCAGCCGCAGAUGAACCAUCAGCAAGCAAGCAUGUUGCAGGCAUUACACCGUCAACAAACUGGCCUUAAUGACAUGCAGCAAAUGCAACAACAAAUCAUGAUGAGGAAAAUGCAAGAGUUUCAAAUGCAGCAGCAACUGAAGCAGCUUGGUUUAAGGCCUCAAGAUCUUGUCAAUCAGGUUCCAACCUUUACCAAACCGACAUCUGGCAGCCAGCCGAAUAUGGUUAAUGACAGUUCCAAUUCUGACGCUUUACAGUAUCCGUGGACAGCUGAUUCUGGUACAAGUUGGCUGAAUGGUCCUUCAGCCAUGAAAGGGUCCCCCGUUGGAUUUGUUUUUCCGCAAAACAUGGCCCCAACACAACGUUUAAUGGAUUUUGUUCCUCAACAGGAUGAUCAGUCUCUUUAUGGAGUACCUGUUUCCAGUUCAAAGGGAUUGGCAGCAAACCAAUAUCCUCAGUUGGUGUCGAGUAGAUCUUCUAUGCCACAAGUGGAAGCCAUUAGCAAUUCUCUUCAUGGUCGUCACCAUAAUUUUUUAUCUAAUCAAAUUGGACAUGCUUCAAGCCAAUCAUUAAAUACUGGAAUUGCUGAUAGGGGACUCCAAAUGCCAAAAAAUGAACCGCAGCAGCGGUUUGCUGGAAGGAAGGAGCCACCUGCUCAGUUAGAGACCUCAAAUGAAAAAUCUACCCGGCAAUUUUCUUCAUCUCCGCGCGAAGCUGCCCUAGAUCCUACCGAAGAGAAGAUUUUGUAUGGUUCGGAUGAUAAUAUAUGGGCUGCCUUCGGGAAGAGCCCUAAUAUGAGUGGAGACACUACAGGCAAUUUAUUUGAUAAUGGUGGGCUAUCAAAUGGAUUUCCGUCCAUUCAAAGUGGUAGCUGGAGUGCUCUCAUGCAGUCUGCAGUUGCAGAAACUUCUAGCAGCGAUGUAGGCCUGCAAGAGGAGUGGAGCGGUUUGAACUUUCACAGUAAUGAUGGUGCUUCCGCAAAUCAGCCCGCUUCGGUGCACAAUGAUUGUGUGAAGAAAGCAUUUUUGCCUGAAGAGGAUAAGCGAAUACCUCCAACAUUAAAUUCUGGAUCAGUUCGUUCUUCCGAGGAUAUAAACACUGGAAAUGCAUUGGGAUCGAAUCAACUUGCACACACGUUUCAACAGGAAUCAGGAAUAAGAGUGUCGACUGAUGCAUCUAAAAAAUAUACGCAGUCCUCGGAUGAAUUUAGCGAGUGGUCUAAUCGCAACACCCAACAAAAAUUAUUUGCUGAAGGGAAGCAGGCUGGAACUUUUGUAGAACGAAAUGGUUGGAAUGAACAGGCAGUUGUACCACAUGGGGGAGAUGGAGUGAAAAAUCAGGAAGCUCAAUUGCCAGCAAAGUUACAGAACAACCGGUUGAUGGUAAUGCAAGAUGUAAAUGGAAGUUCGUCAUGGAAGUCGAAUACUCCUAGUUCUGCUAUUGAUUUCGGCCCUGUUAAAGUUGGAAACCACUUAGAAGAUAAAGAGCUUCUGAGUUUAAAUCAUGCUUCUGCUUCAUUAGCAAACUCAUGCAACACGGGAAUUGAUGAUGGAAACAGUUCAUUUGUUCCUAAUAAUAGCUUGCUCAAUCAGUGGAAGAAUGCAUAUCCUCUAGGCAAAUUCCAGGGGAGUGACCUUUUGGGAAGCAAUCAGGGUAUGGAGUCAUCAAAUAGAAGUAACAAAGAUAAAGUUGGAAGACUGAACAUGGAGAAUUUCGCUGUGAAGGAGAAUUCUAGUGACAGCCACCACUCAAACUUAUCUCAACACGGCCUUAGAGAAGCGGGAUUGUCUGAUGCAUGCGAUUCAAGGUCUUUACCCCAUGGGAAACAGAAAUUAACGAAUCAGCAUGCUAGUAAAGUUUCUGUUCCUCGCAAGUUUCAGUAUCAUCCCAUGGGAAAUUUGGAUGAGGAUGUGGAACCUACUUUUGGGUUGAAGCAGCCUAUGCAGCUCCAGCCCAGCUCCCUGCAGAAUGCCCAUUUUGGCCAGUCAAUUCAGGUCUCGAGAUAUUCUUCUCUAACAGAUGAGGGUGAGCAUCCAAAAGACAAUAAAAGGAGUAUCAAAGAGCCUAUCCGUGGUAGCUUUCCUGGUAGCGCCUCUAGCAUAUCUUUUCCCUUCAAUCGGCCCCUUGAUACAAACAUGCUGAACAAAGCUUCUUCACCGAGUCAAAAUAUGUUGGAGCUCCUUCACAAGGUGGAUCAGUCGAGAAAUGAUGGCGGUGCGGCUCAUUUAAGUUCUUCUGAUUGCAAUGUAUCAUCUCAGCCACCUGAACCGGAGAAGUCUGAUGGGUCUGCUGGUUACAUUCAUCAUUCUUCCAGUUCUAAAGGAUUUGGAUUACAACUUGGCCCGCCAUCACAGCGUGUCAAUGUUCCUGAUCUUUCAUUACCUUCUCAAAGUGCUCGGGAUGUGGCCAAUUCCUUGCAUACUGGUCAUGCUGGUGCAGAAAUGAGAGACAAGAUGAUCCAAGCAUCUUCAGUGCAACCUUCGCCAUUUUCUAAUGAAGGACCUCAGUAUGAAAAUCACAGAUCUGCAGGUCCAGGCAAUCUUGGGGAUGAAAGCUACAAGGCGCCUGGAAAUUAUCAACAAGCACCCGACACUCCGUAUGCAAGAAGUCAACUGCAAAACAGUCAUAAUCUUCCUUUAUAUGGUGGUAUUGCUGGUGCUUCUGAUAUACAAGAAAGUGGUCAAGCUGCAACAGCGUCGACCAGGGAUCAAAUCCACAGUUCUCAGCAUUUUGGUAUGCCUGGCAAUUCACAACAGGUGUUGCAGAACAUUUGGAACAAUAUUCCUUCAUCUCAACAUUCUUUGGCCUCUCAGUACCCUAAGGCUCCUUCACACCUUUCAGCACCACACCAGCCCAAUAUUGUGGAGUCAUGUCGUGCUGAUCUGCGUGAUAGGAAAGGGGAUCAUGUUUCAUCUGGAUUAAGUUCAAUUUAUGCGAACACUCAAGGUGAGGUUGAUGAGGAAAAACAUAGGUCAAAGGAAAGCUCUGGGCAUGUGGGAAACAUUGGUUCAACAUCAAAAGGUGAAGAAUCUCUGGGUAAAACAUCCUCGAAGGAUAAUUUGGAAGAGUUUCCUGUUAAUUCUGCUUCAACCCAGAAGGAUAUGGAAGCAUUUGGUCGAUCCCUGAAACCUAAUGCCUUCUCUAAUAAAAACUACGCCUUACUAGAUCAAAUGAGGGGCGUGAAGGAUGAACAAACGGAUCCAAGUAUUAGGGUCUCUAAGAGGAUGAAAGGUCCGGAUAAUCUUUUUGAUGUUCAUCAGUUUCAUCCUGGAGCAGGACAGCAAAAUGAAAAUAAUGUUGGAAAUAUGAUGGGUUUAAGUACUGGAGUUUCAUCUGAAGAUUCAAGGAUGUUCAGAUUCACUUCAUCUGAUAUGAUGCAGAGGAACACUGCUCCACAUGGAAAUAUUGCGCCACACGAUAUUGUGGUUGCUGGCCUGGAUGCUUCUCAUAAUAACCAUUCUGAUUGUACUACUGUGAGGGCUGAGAAUCAUCAGGUUGCCCCACAGAUGGCACCAUCCUGGUUCAACCAAUAUGGGUACUUCAAAAAUGGGGAGAUGCUCCCUGUAUAUAAUGCACAUAAUGUCAACUCUAUAAGACCAGAUGAGCCAUCAUCUACUGUUGUUAAGACUUCAAGCAUUAUGGAUGCUCCUAUUGUAGAGCAGAAUAGUCCUGCUGCCCCAGUUGGUGCUUGUCAAGUUGGCAGCACUCUGAAAUCUGCGCCCACAUUGGUAACAGAUGAGCAUUUGUCUUCUGCCCCGUCGUUGCAACUGACAGUGACGGGUGAGCAUAAGGUGAUUUUAAGACCCCAAAAGCGCAAGACUGCUACUUCUGAACUUCAUCCUUGGUCAAAGGAAAUAUCAGAUGGGUCACAAAACUUUUUGGUUCUCAGUGCGGCAGAAGGCGACUGGAGUAUGGCAGCAAAUCGCCUUGCUGAAAAGGUUCGGGAUGAUGCCGAAUUAAAUGAAGAUGGAUCUCCAUUGCUUAGAUCAAAGAGAAGGCUUAUUUUAACAACACAACUCAUGCAGCAAUUGUUUCGCCCUCCACCACCGAGUAUUCUCUCUGCUGAUUCUAGUUCUGCACAUGAGAGUGUGACCUAUGGUGCAUCUAGAGUAGCAUUAGGGGAUGCAUGCAGUGUUGCUUCAUGCUCGAGUGAUUUUGGUCGCCAUGAUUGCCUGGAGCGACACUCCGUGAAGUGCAAACUAAAUGGCGAUCCACGUUUUGCAAAAGUUAUUGAAGAGUUGUUGGGAAAAUCUAGGAAGCUAGAGGAUGAUUUCUUAAGACUCGACAAGAAUGCAUCAGUAUUGGACUUGAGAGUCGAAUGUCAAGACCUCGAGAAAUUCUCAGUCAUCAACCGAUUUGCAAGGUUUCAUGGGCGGACGCAAAAUGACAAUGCCGAGUCAUCAUUAGUAUCUUCAACAGCAACUACUUCAAAUCCUCAUAUGCAAAGAUACGUACUUGCAUUGCCCAUGCCCACAAAUCCACCUGAUUGGGUACAAUGCCUAUCGUUAUGA